ACUACGCAGCAGCUGUCAACAGUGGGCUAGAGGGAAUUCUGUGCAGUAGUUCUGUGAAAGUUUGCUCAUGGCGUUUCCACCACCGUAGCUCACGAAAAUAGUUAUGCAUGGUGUGAGUGCAAGGAGUGUCGCUUCGACAAGUGUUGGUGCCGUCCAAGGGUUGGCACACAGAAAAUCACGCGGAUGACUGUGUUGUGUGUGUGAAGUUUCGUAAGCAGCUAAGCCUAAAUUUUAUCGCAAGUGUAACAGCUGAAAGGAUCUAUACCUAACGUGGCCAAGAUAUCCUGUUUCCCUGCCGUCAACUACUAACGGGAUGAAGCCUUCGAGUUGUCUUGGUAUAGGGCUGAUGGACCGUCCACGGUGAAACCCCCAGGGACACCCAGGGUUGCAGGGCACCCCCUGGACAUGCUCAGGGCCGCCCACAAGGAUGCACCCCAGAAAGACACUUCUCAGCCUGCGCAAGGGGCAGCAAAUGCAGCAGAGAGCGGAGAGCCCCUGAGCUCAGCCCCCCAAGUGCAUCGACGCCCCGGAACAGGGGCUCCUGCUCGCAACGUCACAUCAAGGCUUCGACAACCCCGGGACAGUGGUUCAACAAAGAGUAUACAGGCUGCUGGACGGCGGAAAGCAGAGGCAUCUGUGGUGUCCAGCAGUGGACCCACGCCUCGCAAGCCACCGGCACCCUUCCGUUACGUCCCCCUUACUGUCCACCAGCGCAAGACGCAGAGGCUACAGAGGGCUCCCGAACUGGAAAAUGGACUGCAGCCUUGGGGCAAUGGAGAAGAUGCUGGGUUGCCACCGUCCAGUGAAAGGAAGAAUCACACGGAGACUACGGAGGGGGGCCAGGAAGAGGAGCAACCUCCUAUACGGGAGGAUGAACCUCCUGAUAAAGCAACUCUGCCUGUGGAAAAAAGUGCACCAGAGGAAGAUGUUCAGGCUAGGGACACGUCUCCUGAUGGUCGCUUCUUGAAAUUCGAGGAGGAGAUUGGCCGAGGGUCAUUCAAGACUGUCUACAAGGGCUUAGACACAGCGACAGGAGUAGCAGUGGCUUGGUGUGAGCUCCAGGAACGGUUGAACAAGAGUGAGAGGCAACGCUUCCGAGAGGAAGCCGAAAUGCUCAAGGGGCUGCAGCACCCGAAUAUUGUUCGCUUCUUUGACUACUGGGAGGUGAACACAUCCAAGCGAAAGUUUCUUGUCCUGAUCACAGAACUCAUGACGUCAGGCACACUCAAGACGUAUUUGCGUCGUUUUAAGAAAAUCAACAUGAAGGUGCUCAAGUCAUGGUGUCGUCAGAUCCUGAAGGGGCUACACUUUCUCCACUCGAGGCCACCACCUAUCAUCCACAGAGAUCUCAAGUGUGACAACAUAUUCAUCACGGGAACAACAGGAUCUGUCAAAAUUGGUGACCUAGGCCUUGCUACGCUGAAAAACCGGUCGUUUGCAAAAAGUGUUAUUGGAACUCCAGAAUUUAUGGCUCCUGAGAUGUACGAAGAGCAUUAUGAUGAGUCUGUGGAUGUUUACGCAUUUGGCAUGUGCAUGCUGGAGAUGGCUACUUCUGAAUACCCUUACUCAGAGUGCAGUGGCCCUGCCCAAAUCUACAAGAAGGUCACUACGGGCAUCCGACCACAGUGCUACGAUAAGGUGGAAAGCUGUGAGCUGAGAGAUAUCAUUGGCCAGUGUAUCCGUCUCAAGAAGGAAGAACGGCCCACAGUGAAGGAGUUACUCCAACUAGAUUUCUUCCAAGAAGACAUGGGGCUGAAAGUUGAAUUUGUUAACCGGGAGGAAAGUCUCAAUGGGGGCAGUGAGAAAGUGGAACUGCGCCUUCGUGUCCUCGACCCAAAAAAGCGCAAGGACAAGCACCGUGAGAACGAGGCCAUCCAGUUCGAGUUCCACGUUGAAGACGACAACCCGGACGAGAUCGCCAAGGCCAUGGCGCUCACGGGCAUCAUCAUGGAAGAGGACACUCGCAUAGUGGCUAUGUUAAUCCGAAACCAAAUCUCUGCCCUUGUCCGUGACCGGCAGCACCUGCAGCAGCAGCAACAGGUCUUACAGUUGCAGCAGCAAGAGCAGUCUGCCGAGACGGAUGUAGCAGAGCCUCUGCAUAAUGUGGUAGCUCCAGAAGGAACAGUUUCACUGGUAGACAGUUCCCCAGAGAACACUUUUCAAGGCCCUGGAGAAGUGGCCACGAAAGUGGCUUCUAUGGUCCUCACCAAUUCUUUGCAACACCGUCAGCAGCAGGCAGUACAUGGCAACAUACUGGUCACCACCACGACCAGUGCUCUGGUUACCCCUCAGUACACAAUGACCACCCCCACCAGUGCACUGCCUUCUACCUGGAGUGCCCCUGUCACGCAGCAGGUGUUGUCUGCCCCUGUUGCUUCGCAGCCUGAGGCCACUGCACGUGACGUCCCCACACCUCAGGAUGAAUCUGCUGAAACUGAGUAUCAACAUCCACUGUAUGAUGACCUCCGAGGAGACAGUGCAUCUGCAGUGGACUCUGCAAGCGAGGCUAGCGACCUGACAGACUCAUCAAUGCGGGCCCGUAAGAAGGUUGGCCGCAAACGAGUAAGGGCACAACAGGACCGUUGGCCCAGGCUUCAGGUAUUGUCUGUGGAAGGAGGUACAGUUGUGGAAUGUCAGUUGGAGUCCUCCAAGGGAAAGACAGUCACCUUCAAGUUCGACAUCAAUGACAUGUUUCCCAGGGACAUAGCCAACAACCUAGUGGUGACAAACUUGUUGGCGGAGCAGCAUGCAGAGGUGUUUGUUGACCAGAUUCAAGAUAUAGUUCAGCAGCUGCAGGAGAAUCCAGAGCGGCUACCCACUGUAGCCAUCCAUUUGCCCCCGGCCACGGAUGGGCGGAUGAGCUUUGAGUGCAUGGAUACAGUCAGCAGGACAGAAGGGGAAACCCCUGGUUCUAGUCACGCGUCUCCUGUGAGACGACCUCCUGCUACAACCACCCCUGCUUCUGCACCAACGACAAUACAGAUACCCACCCAGGUACCAAGCAUGAAGCCACUACCAAGUCCAGUGGAUGAAGGUUCUGCUACAGUUCCUCGGAGCACCCUGCAGACAGCCCCAGCACAGGUGCCAAAGGCACCACCUACAACGUCCGCACUGCAGGUGACGACAGAGGCCACACCAACUGGUGAUUCGGCUUCAACAUUGCGGCCAGAUGUUCCUGUUUCCACUACUGGGCUUGGGGGAACUGCUUUGCCGCUUACUCCUACUCCUGUGCCUGUCUCGCCGGUCACAGCAGUUGUUUCUCCAGCCAUUUCUUCCACUGUUCCUUCUGCUGCUGCUGCUGCUGCUGCUGCUCCUCCUGCUGCUCCCGCGCCUGCUGCUCCUGCUCCUGCUGCUCCUGCUCCUGCUGCAUGUGUUGUAGAUGCUGUAGUCCGUGACAUCUCUGGAAGCCAAGCACCUACUCCCCCAACGUGCGGCACAACGCCACAUGCACUCAGCAGUGAAAACAGCUUUUCAGAAUCUGAACCUGGGAGUGCUACUUUGCCAGUCCAAGCACGGUUCACCAACCUUGGCCACCUCCAACAGAAGCUGGUAGAACUGACAACAACAGAUUCACUCAGUGGUGCCCUUUCAGCAAGCCCUACUGCUCCAGCAGUUCCUGCUACUCCUGCUGUUGCUGCUGCUGCUCCUGCAGCUGUGCCUACCCCAGCUGCUCCUUCUGCUCCUGUUCUUGCCCCUACUCCUACUGUCCCUGCACCAGCUGUGCCUCAGUCAUCAGCCCAAGCUCCAGAGCAGUCCCAGUCCGGCACAGAUUCUACAAACGGAGCCACCCCACCCUCCCCAAAGCAUCCUGUGUCAACUGCCUCUCUACGGCCUACAUCUGUGCCUGUGGAAUCUCGCAAGCCAGCUGUGGCUACCAACUUGGAGGACCUGAAGCUGGAACUUCAGAAGUUGCACGGUAACACCAUGAAGAGCAACAUUGAGCAAGGGCUGCAGGCAAUAUUCUCUCAGAGCACCACAGCUCCUACCACGUUAACACCGGCACACUCCCAGCCACAGGUUCUGACUGCUACUGAACCCUCUGUUGCCACUUCGGUCACUGCUUCGGCAACAGUGGUUCAGACACCAACCGCUGCAGUGCCGUGUAGCACUGACAUGCCAGCACAGCAGAUGCCUGAUCCUGGACUAAUGGCUGCCGUAUCUGAGCUGGUCGAUGCAAGCAAGCCGGAGGCAACUGCAUCAGUUGGUUUCAGUGUGCCAGCAGCAACCAUCAUGGUACCCGCUGCUCCAGGGGGUCGUAGGGUGUCGCGCUUCCAUGUCACAAAAGUGGAAGAUGACCCUCUCUCACAAACGCAAGACACCAAUGACUGUACAAAUGUGCAACAGUCCACUCCCACAUUAGCCACCACGGCCACCUCCCCCAUCCCACUUCAGUCAACUACAUCGGAUAUGGGGUCAGAAGUGGCUCAUGCUGUUAGCACUGCGACACAGACGAGCAACACAGAUGUAAAGUCCUCAUCAAAGCCGCCUGUAAGCCGUGGACGCUUCCAGGUGACAACUGUCACGGACGACCCAGCUGUUAAUCCUCCAGUGUCUGGAACAGAGGUAGCUUCUACUGGGUCAUUGCAGCAGCCUCCACCCACUGGUCAGCACCUCCAGUCGUUGGAACAGAGUGGCUCUCACGAGUGUAUUGCCAGAACUUUGUCCCACCAUGACUUCCCAUUGGAAUUGACAGGACAUACUGAAGUGGAUCCCUAUGCUACAUUUCCUUAUGCUGAAGUCUCAUCACGCACUCGCAAGCUGGCAGAUUCUGUUCCCACCACUUUGGAACUUGCCCUGGCCAAAAUCAUGCAUGGUUAUUUAUGCAGCACUUCAGAUCCUGGCGAACUGUCAUCCGUUUCGCAGACAUCCCUUGAUUCCUACAGAGUGCGUGUUCAUGUACGAGACGUAGAAACACAGACAGAACAGCCACAGAGGAGAAAUGCAUGUGUAAACACAUUGCCACUUAAUGUGCGUGAAACAUUGCGGCUGAUUCCUAUGGAGCAACCCCUUUCAAAAGCAAAAAGCAUGUCAUCACUCCACCAACCAGGAGAAGAACGCUGUGACAGAUGUGCCACUCCACCACUUUCUUCACCAAGGUCACCAGAAGGGUCCCCACCUGCUCACCGGGGAUUUGGUCACAGCUAUGUGAGCAGCCGGGCACUUGCAGACUUUGGUCGAAGCCUUUCACUGAGCCAGUUCUUGUGUGCACUGACAGACAAGAGGGACUUUGAGGCAACUGAUCCUGAUGAUGCUGAAGAAGUGCUGAAGCAGAUUCUUGCACGGCAACAGCGUGAACGUGAAGCCCUGGAAACUCGCCACCGCCAGGAACUGGAGUCACUAAGGCAGCGCCUACGCAGUGGCACCAUCUCACAUGGCCUGCCCUGGGACCCUCCUAAAGCAGACUGCCGGCCUAUUUCCCACUCCCAGUCGGCCCCACACUUCACCCACCCACACUUUCCUCCUCUGCAACAAAGUCCCUACUUUGGCCAACCUAUUCCCGAGCCCAUACCAGAUUCAUCCAGGUACAUGCAUCGCUCCAACUCUGAAGGACUCCCACCUGUGCCCGAUGCUGCGCAACAUGCUGCACGGACUCGAACUCUAACAGAUGACCUGCUUCGUCUAGUUCAAAUUAAUGGUGCCUCCCGUGGUUACAGCACACCUGUGUCGCCUGGUUGCAGUACAAGUCCCGAGCCCAAGCCGACGCUUUAUCAACUGAUGCAUCAGAGGAGUAGUGCAACACUGCGCGAUCCAUCUCCACAGCGUACAACACAACAAUUCACAGACAUGGUGGCACAGAGGGUGGCAUCUCUGAAUAACCCUCCGGGGGUGCUUUUCCCGCUGCCAUCAAGUUUACAGUCUGACCCAUUGUGGCAGUUACGACACUACAGUGCAAAUGGAGGACACCGGCAUCAGUAGUGUACCACAAGGGAUAUAUGUUGGCGGCGGAGGAAGUGAACACCAAAAUUCGGUUCUACUGGUGGUGCUUGAAGAGCCUCAUUAAAAAGUAUGCUACAACACAUAAUGUGCACUUGUGGUGCAAGGACUGUGUAGCCCAGUGCUGUACAUGCGACGUGGUUUCAUGUUCGAGAGCUUGACUGCAGAGUAGCCAUAUGCAAUGCAUGGGGCAGUUAGCUCUCCUCAUGUUCAUUAGAGGUAGUGCAGAACCCAGCUCAACCAUUUGAAACACCUUUGCAACCCGAGCAUGAUUCCUCAUCAAAGUGCCUGUAUUAUGCAACGCAUCUGCCCUGUGUAGAGGUAGUAGUCGCUUUUCUUACCCCAGCAGCUGACAUAAUAUAUCUAGAGUGCAUUCCACGAAGAGGGUGGUGCGUGGGACAACAUUGGAAAGGCCUUCCUUGCGAAGUCCGUUCCUGCCAUUGGAAAUAUGGUCAAACAUGGACAUUGGCUCGAUGCAUUUUUUUGACGGAAUGCCUUUUGUAUUUAGGUAAUUGAUACUAUGCGUACAUAUUUAAUAAAAGGAAAGUUUUACUGCUGUA